UACUUUUUAAUGGGAAAUACUUGUGUAUAAAUGUUUUUUUGGGGAUAAUUGGUUAGGCCUGUGUUUGCUUUUUCAGUAUUCGAUGAAGAUUCUAUGAUGGUAAUUUUUGUGGGGGUAGGUUUACUUUGCAUGGAUGAUGUAUAUAUAAAAUUGAUUUUCCUGGUAGGAAAGGCUUGACCUUUGUUUUUUUUUUUUGGGGGAUUGGCGAGGGGUAUCUUUUUCUGGUGGGUCACAAUCUUUUUCAGUUUUUGUGUGGUUUAUCCCCAAUUUUCCUCUGUUUGGGUUUCAGAGUAAUGAUUGUUUAUGGGGAAUGGAUAUCAACAACUCAUUCUAGUGUAUAGUUUGAAAUUGAAAUGCCUCCAACUUGAAAUAGUGUUAGGUAGUGAUUGUGAGAUGUGAAUUGUAAUCAAAGGCAGCCCCCAUUUUCAAUUGUUUAGGUAAAGGGGUUCCGUUUGGUAUUUUGCUUAUUAAUUUCUUUGUUGACACAAAAAAAUGAGGAGCUAGAGUUUGGAUGGACCGGCGGAGUUGGUUGUGGCGGAGGAAGUCGAGUCCUAGUGGUGAAACUGAAAGCUCUGCUGGAUCCAUUUCAUCCCAUUUCUCAGAUGAUCAGGUUCUUCUGAAUCACAACAUUCAAUCACCUGAAGUCACAUCUAAAACAGCUCCCACCGAUGCAGAACUUAAUGAAACUGUUAAGACUCUAUCAGCUAAAUUAUCAGAAGCUCUUGAGACUAUCCGCGAGAAGGAAGACUUGGUAAAGCAACAUGCAAAAGUAGCCGAGGAAGCUGUCUCAGGAUGGGAGAAGGCUGAAGCGGAAGUAUUGAUCCAGAAAAGACUAGUUGAGACAGCAAACCAAAAGAACUCAAUCCUUGAAGAGCGUAUCAGUCAUCUUGAUGGAGCACUUAAAGAGUGUCUGAGACAGCUUCGACAGUCAAGACAAGAGCAAGAGAAGAAUGUCCAGCUCACUGUGUCCAAGACAAGUUCUGAAUGGGAGUUUAGAAAGUCUGAACUUGAAAAUAAGCUUGUUCAGCUCCAGGCUGAACUGCAAAAUUCUAAAGCCAAAGACAGUAACGUCAAAGAUCUUCAGUGUAAGCUUGAAUAUGUGGAGAAACAGAACUCAAUACUCAAGAUUGAGCUUGUUUCCAUAUCUGAGGAGCUCAAAUUAAUGACAUCUGAAAGAGACUUAACCACUCAUGCUGCUGAAACGGUCAGCAAACAACAGCUCGAGAGUAUCAAGAAGGUCGCUAACCUUGAAGCAGAAUGCCGUAUGCUUAAGGCGUUCGUUCGGAAAAAAUCAGCCGUUAACCACCACAAGUCUAGCGCUGCUUCCUCUGCUUAUGUUGAACCUUCCACUCAUAGUUUAUCAAAUACUGGAGAACAGCUGUCUAUAGUCGAAAAUGAUAGUUGCAACACGAAUGGUUUGGAGCCAAAUAAUAAUUACCAAAACAGUUCUGGCUUCUUGUCUUCUGCUUUAGUUUCUGAAUUGAGUCAAUAUAAUAAUGGAAAGCCACAUAAAAGAGAACUUAUAGUGUCGUCUCUAGAGAUAAAUCUGAUGGAUGAUUUUCUUGAGAUGGAGAAACUUGCAGCACGUCCUGACAUAGUGUAUGAAAGAAGCAAUGGCAGAGGAGCACACAUCAGUGAACCCAUUUUAAGAACUGAACUUGGAGCCGUGAUUAGUCAGGCAGCUGACGUGGAGAAGUUGGCAAAGAUGGAGGAGGAGAAAUUGAAAUUAGAGAUGGAAUUAACUCAGUGUCAGGGAGAGCUUAAGAUAUCUAAAGAACAAUUAGAAGAAACCAUGGACAAUUUAACUGAAGUAAGAACUCAGUUAUCUAUGGAAAAUGAUGCCAGGAGAAAACUGGAGGCUGAAUUCAAGGCUACUAUAACCAAGCUUAAAGACUUAAUAGAACAUUCGCAGAAAAUGGAGGCUGAGAUUGUCGAGCUCGAAGCAAAGUUAUCUAUGGCAAAUGAAGCAAAGAAGAAGACUGAGGCAGAAGUCGAGUCUGCCAAUACUAUGCUUAAGAAUUUAGUUGAACGCUUAGAAGAAGCACAGAUUGAUGUUGUGGAGCUCCAAGCUCAGCUCAUUACAGCUAAUGAAGCAAAAAGAGCUGCUGAGGCUGAAGUUGAGGCUAUCAAUGUGAAGCUUAAGAAAUUAGAAUUUUGCUUGGAGGAAACUGAAGUCAAGUGUUUAGGAAUUCAAACCCAACUAGAAAUGGUGGAAGGAAUGAAAUCUGGAGUUGAGGCUGAACUUGAAGCUAUCAAUGCAAAGAAAUAUGUGUCAGAGUCACUACUUAAAGCGACUGAAUUGGAGCUUCAAACAUUGCUUUCUAAAGUUGAUUUUCUUCAAGAGGAGCUUUCCGAGGAAAGGGAUUUGCACCAGAAAACUGCUGCCAAGUUACAGAAACUAGAAAUUGAUAAUUCAGUGAAAAAAUCUACAUCCCAGCUUCAGAAAGGAACUAUAUUCGGGGAAUUUACAAUCAAUAAGGAUAAAGAAAUGGCAAUAGCAGCUAGUCGAUUUGCAGAAUGCCAAAAAACAAUUGCUUCCAUUAAUUGGCAAUUGAAGUCCCUUGCUAUCAUGGAUGAUUUCUUGAUCGAGUCAGAUGAGCCAUUACAGAUACAAUGACAUGACAUCCUCUUCAGAAGUUGCUCUUUUCUGAAGGGAGGAUGAUUGUCAAAGAUUGAAAUAAUGCUGUUGAAUUUAAGAUUGAACUAUUGAAUAGCAGAAGAAGUUGCAAAGCUGGAAUAGCAAAAUCUUUGGUGCCAUUUGAUAAGUGCUUAGGCAUGAACUUAUUAGGUAGAUAAAAAAAAAAUAUAAUCAUGUGCUGUACUAGUGAGUGUUAUGUGCAUAUUUGAAGUACAAAGGUUCCAAAUUCAUUGUACAGAAGUUCACGAGAAAAAGUA